GAUACUGAUACUAUUUCAGUCCAUAACCUUAUUAAGUGUUGAAGAGCAUGCAGUUGUCGUCUAAAGAAUGGAAUAUUUCAUUCGCCGGCUGUGGAUUUUUAAUGGCUUACUACUGUGGAGUCUAUAGCUGUUUAUUUGAUCGUGCCUCGUUUCUUAUUGAUGAGUUGAAAAAGAUUUGUGGGGCUUCAUCCGGUGCUCUCAUGGGUGCAAUAAUAGCAUGCAAAAUGCCUCCAGCCAAAUGCUGUGAAAAUUUGCUGGAAAUGUCCCAAGAGGCUCGGAAAGGCACACUGGGUGCUGUGCAUCCCACCUUUAACCUGUUGAAGAUAAUACGAAACAUCCUGAUCCGAGAUCUGCCCGACAACGCCCAUCUACUCGCAACUGGGCGACUGUGUGUGUCCCUCACACGCGUGUCAGAUGGGACAAAUGUGAUGGUCUCUGAGUUCAGCAGCAAAGAAGAUCUCAUUCAGGCUCUCAUAUGUAGCUGUUUUUAUCCACUGUAUUGUGGUGUGGUACCUCCAAGAUAUCAUGGGACUAGGUAUGUAGAUGGAGCAUUAAGUGACAACAUGCCAUACUCAAAUCUGAGGGAGACCAUCACAGUCUCACCUUUCUCUGGGGAGAGUGACAUUUCUCCUUACGGCAACCCGUUUUACUUCCAUGAAAUACAUUACAAUAAUGUCAGCAUUCACAUCAACUUCAUUAACGCACACCGAGUGGUCAGUGCAUUCUUCCCACCAGAGCCAGAGGUCUUGGCUGAGAUGUGUCAAACUGGAUAUAAGGAUGCUUUGCUGUUUUUGAAAGAAAAUGAAUUCCUGGAGUUCGAGUCGCCCCUACGUGAGUUCACCGUUAUGGAAAAAUUUGAUCAUUUUCCUGUAUCCAGUAAAGAAAACAAACUAACGGAUAAAGAAAAUAUCACAAGGUGGACACAUGUGAAUGAACAUUCUCAAAAUAUCUUACCAGAAUCCAUCAAUAAAGUAUUUUGUGAGGCUUACAAAUAUGAAGAAAUAAGAUGUCCUCUCUCAGUAAAGUUGUGUGUUCUGCCUCUGGAGAUGGUUUACCUCAUUCUGUCAAGGAUCAUUGACUGGUCACCUAAGAUAUGGUCACAUCUUGCGCACAUAUGGAAGAUGACAAGUGAAAUGUUCAGACUGGUGUGGAAGAGAACUUUCUCAAGAAGGAUGCCAGCAGGUGUAUCCUGGUCGAGAUAUCUAAGGAUGUUCGGUGCUAGCGUCCUGUCAAUGUUCGCUGGGGCACAGGUUGUUCAUCAAUAUUACCGGCCUGAUUUGACCAUUCCAGACGUCCCACCAAAACCUGGAGAACUGAGAACAGAACUUCUUGGCUUGAAAGCAAGACAGACAAACACAGAAGAACAAUGACCAAUUGAUUUGUUACUGUACAUAUGUACAUAAUGUUGUAAAGACUCCCAAAACAUGAGUAAAAUUUAGACAAAAAUCUUAUUUUAUUCUGUAAAUAAAUUUGUAAUGAACUUUAA